UUCCCGCACUCUCAUGAUUCGGUUCCUGAUCUCCCGUGAACCGACUCCUGCCUGCCCACUAACCUGCCUCUCACGCUUGAUGACCUUGUUACUGCUGCUCCUGUGGACUGCCCUCUGGAUCCCCGAGACUGGACUGAAUAAAAACGUUUCCUGAACUGCCUCCACGUCUCCCGAGUUGUGCAUUUGGGUCCAACCCCGUGUUCUGGCCAUGACAGAACGAUCUGGUCAUAACAUGGACCCAGCCGACUCAGCUGUGAUCUGUCAGUCGCUGCAGAUCCAAGGCAGAUAUAUCGCUGAGCAGGAAUCCACUCUCCAGGUAACUAAUCACAGGUAACAAGAGGUAGGUGCUCGGCUCGACACCUGGUUCAGGUCCAUGUCCAGUGCUGCCGACGCCAGUCCGGCGACAGCCACCGCCGCCCCGAGCCUAAGUCUGUCCAUACCCGCUCCCCUGCCGGUCAUGGACUCCCAGCAGACAGUGUGUACGCCACUUUCCCGGCCCGAGCGGUUCUCCGGAGACCCGGGUAAUAUUAAGCCCUUCCUUGCCCAGUGUGAGCUCCAUUUUGAAUUGUAGCCCUGCGCCUUCCCCACUGACUGGUCCUGGAUAGCCUUCGUGAUAUCCCACAUGACAGGGAAAGCAGAGGCCUUGGCCACAGACAAAUGGAGCUGCGGUUCCGAUACCUGCCGCACCUGGACCUCCUUUCUGUGUGCUAUGAUGCAGGUAUUUCAAUACGCACCCCGGAACGUGAGGCAGCCGUUUCUUUGAUCUUGCUCCAGCAGGGGCAAUGCAGAGUUGUGGAUCAGACUCUUGAGUUCCGCAUCUGAGCAGCGGAGAGCCUGUGGAACGAGGGAGCACUUCUCGACGCAUUCUUUCAGGGGCUUUCACCCAGUAUUCAAGAUCACCUUGUCGCAGUGGAACUGCGCACAAACCUAGACUCUCUUGUCGCCCUUGCCCUGAGGAUUGACCAGAGGCUUGCGAUACAGGGGAGGGUCAACGCGCCACAGGGAGAUGGCUGACGGAACCAUGUACCACAGACCGGUCCAGGCUGUUGAGACUUAACCCAUGCAUGUCGAGGGGGUGCACGGCUCCCCCAAGGAGCGGCAACAAUGCUGGCGAGAGGGUCGGUAUUAUUGUGAGUGGUUGGGCCACCUCAUGGGGUCCUGUCAAGCCCCCACAACCCGCACUCAAGGCGUCAAUGUCGGUGAGUGUUAACUACACCGUGGGUGGUUCAACGCGGUCCCUGCUUCAGGUUACACUGAGCGCUAGCCGACGGUCAUGUACGGCUACGGCGUUUAUCAAUUCCAGGUUAGAGUUUCCAUGUCUUCGACUCCCAGAAUAGUGAUAUCAUAUCUGGUCGCUCCGGUAGUGCUACGGGACUCGCAACCGGAGCCGGACUUGUCGCUAGUGCCUCCCUGCUAUUCUGACUUAAAACAAGUAUUCUCUGAAGCUCCCCAGAUCACUGCGUGUCCACUCGACAUUCCAUGUGAGCCUGCUCAAGCCGGCUUGGCCAUCCCCGUUGGUCCCUCCAGCCGGUCCCCCCCCGCAUGAUUGAUGGAGGCCUAGUUUACUCCUGUCAUCCCGCCGCUGGGGGAGGGGUAUCCAGUAUCUGGUGGACUGGGAGGCUUACGGUCCCGAGGAAUGUUCAAAAAUCCUGUCCAGGUUCGUGGUCGAUCCCAACCUCAUCAGGGACUUUCACGCCUCCCACCCUGAGGCACCUGGGCCGUCUGGGGACAGCCAUUAAGAGGAUAGGGUACUGUCAAGGUCCUGCCGGUCCUUUUCCUGGCUGUGCCGGUUGCCGACACGCCACACCACACACCGGCAGCAAUCAGUCAGGCGCACACCUGCACCUCCUUAUCCGUAAUUACGAUGAAUGCAAAUAGGACGCCUCGUACAGUCUGGCUUUUACCAAAGCGUUGCCUCAUGCCUCGUUCCCGCAUUCUCAUGAUUCUGUUCCUGAUCUCCAGUGUACCAAUCCCUGCCUGCCCACUGACCUGCUUCUCACGCCUGUCGACCUUGUUACUGCUGCUCCCGUGGACUGCCUGUUUGAUCCCCGACACUGGACUGAAUAGAAACGUUUCCCAAACUGCCUUUACGUCUCCCGAGUCAUGCAUUUGGGUCCAACCCCGUGGACUGGUUGUGACAUAGAAGCAGAGGUCAAACAUGCAAACUCCUUACAGGUGAGGCUAGAUUGGAACCCAGGCCCUCAGAACUGUGAGGCAGAUCUGUUUAUCAGUUGGUCACUGUGCCCCAAUAGUCAAACCUAAUUUUCUAAACUACUGUAAGAAGAAGAAAAACACCUCAUACUAUUUCUGCCAGCAUUUCACAUGUAUGGUAUUAACUGUGAACAUCUUACAAGGUUUGGCAUAUUUCAUUUUUUUUAAUAUAACCAAGUGGAAAAUCAAACAAUGACCAAGUUGCUCAAACUUUUGGGUGAUCAAAACAAACAUUUUCACUUGGCAUAUUGGAAUACAUGAGAGCAGAGUUUGGGAUUUGUCUUCAAAUCUUUAUUUUUUUUCUUUAAAAGUCAAGACAAUUUCUUUUAAUAGAACAUCAAGAAUGACACCUCUAGUCUAAGCCUCAUGCAUUGUGCAGCGUGCCAAAGAAGUGAGCGUGGGAAAGUGUCCACCUUUGCCCAUUCAGUUUUUGCCAGACCAAGGGGUUGUGCUCUCUGUGAAUCCUGUUUUUGUGUCCCCCCUCUCCAUUCCCAGCCCUUAAAACCACGACUUGGAAUGAGUCACAGAGAUAGACUUUAAUUCACGUUUUCACAGUGAAUGCAUCACCUCACUAAGGUACACAGCAUACAUGACAGUGUGACCACUAUUCAGGUUUUAUGGCCACUUCAGGACCAAUGUUUAUGUUAAGAGCUGGUGCUUGUUUUUAAUGAAAUGAGAAUAAAGUAACCAUGCAGAUACAGCGAUGAGCUCAAACAGGACAAUAUGUUCAGCACUAUUACAAAAGCUUCCUUCAAUUUUAAUAUCCGAGUAAAAGCAAAAUGACUGCAGUCUAUACAACCGAUUCCAAGUGUCAUAAAGUGCUCGAAACACAUCCCUAAACAGCCAUUCAGCAGUCACGAGAGUGAACAAGUGGUGCUUUUUGAAAUAUACUAACACAACCAACAUGUUUCUUGGCUUUGUGAGCGUUUAAUGUUUAUACGCGACUGUGUGUGCUUGAGGGGUGAGGGUGUACACACACAUGCCGAUCGAUCGGUGUGACGUAAGCGUUUUUUUGGGCAUGUUGUAAUACGCCCUCCUUUUCCCAAAGAAAGGAUGAACCCAACAGUCUUUAGGGGGGCUGUAAGGGUACGCCCACAUCCGUAUACUGAGGUCUACCGAAGUCAACAUCCAAUCCUUUUCUUUCAUUGAAGUUGUACAAGGCACCACUUAAACCCGCGUCACCCACAACACAAGCCCACCAAGCAGCUUCACAUUGGGACGAGCACGUGCCACAUGUAAACGUCGCUUUUACGCACGGGACGCAGUCGCAAAAAUGGCCGCGCUCAAUCAUCUUGCGACAGUUUGUCUGAAGAGUCGUCUAAAUAAGCAUCUGGUGGUCACACUGCGGGCCUUGCACAAGUCGGCGGCCAGCGAGGCUUUGGGGAUCCCGGCGUCAGCGGAGGAAGAAGACGGUGUGCCUCCCGGUCUCAUCACAGCAGCUCAGCUCGCAGCCAAAAGCAGAAGAGUCAAGAGUUUGAAAGAGAUGCCGGGACCCAGCACCGCGUCCAACCUCGUCGAGUUCUUCUGGAGGGACGGAUUUAGUCGAAUUCAUGAAAUUCAGAUGGAGCACAGCAAAAAGUAUGGGAAAAUUUUCAAAUCUCGUUUUGGGCCUCAACUGGUGGUGUCCAUAGCUGGUCGUGAUCUGGUGGCUGAGGUUCUGAGGGCUGAAGGUGUGGCCCCUCAGAGAGCCAACAUGGAGUCCUGGAAAGAGUACAGAGACAUUAGAGGACGUUCAACAGGCCUCAUCUCAGCGGAAGGAGAGCAUUGGUUGAAAAUGCGAAGUGUCCUUAGACAGCUCAUCAUGCGGCCACGCGAUGUGGCAGUCUUCUCCAAUGAGAUUAACAAAGUGGUCAACGACCUCAUCAAGAGAGUUUGUAUUAUACGCAACCAGGAGGUGGAUGGAGUAACUGUAGUCAACAUUAAUGACCUCUUCUUCAAAUAUGCCAUGGAAGGUAUAGCAGCCAUUUUGUACGAGUGCCGUUUAGGCUGUCUGGAAAAUGACAUUCCUCUGGAAACUCAAAACUACAUCAGUGCACUACACCUCAUGUUCAGUUCUUUCAAGACCACCAUGUACGCUGGAGCCAUCCCCAAGUGGUUGCGGCCCAUCAUCCCCAAACCCUGGGAGGACUUCUGCUUCUCCUGGGACGGCCUCUUCAAAUUCAGCGUGAUUCACAUUGAUAAGAGGCUUGGAGAGAUCAAGGCCCAGCUUGAGCGAGGAGAGGAGGUGAAGGGAGGACUUCUCACACACAUGCUCGUCACGAAGGAGAUGAGCAUGGAGGAAAUCUAUGCCAAUGCGACAGAGAUGCUUCUUGCAGGAGUUGACACGACAUCCUUCACACUGUCGUGGGCCAGCUACCUGUUAGCACGGCACCCUCAAAUCCAAGAGCAAAUAUAUACGGAGGUUGUGAGGACUUUGGGACCUCGAUCUGUAGCUGUGGCCGAAGACAUACCUCGCCUGCCUCUUAUCAGGGGCCUGGUCAAAGAGACUCUCAGGCUUUUUCCAGUUCUCCCAGGCAACGGACGGAUUACCCAGGAUGACUUGGUGGUGGGUGGAUACUACAUCCCCAAAGGGACUCAGUUGGCUCUGUGUCACUACUCGACUUCCUUGGAUGAGGAGAACUUUUCUGAUGCUUUGGACUUCCGACCAGAUCGUUGGAUCAGGAAAGAUUCCUCAGAUCGCGUUGACAACUUUGGCUCCAUUCCCUUUGGCUAUGGCAUCAGGAGCUGCAUUGGCAGGAGAAUAGCUGAGUUAGAAAUGCAUCUAGUUCUGACCAGGCUCAUCCAAAGGUUUCACAUUGGCACUUCUCCUGUCACUGGUGACGUGAAGGCCAAAACCCAUGGUCUCCUCUGCCCCGCAAGCUCCAUCCACCUGCAGUUCAUUGACAGAGAAAAUUAGGUGAAAUUUUGUCUCUGUAAGGUCUACUGUAGUUUACUUUUUCCAUUUUACAAAGACAUAAAUGCCAUCCGACGUUUCUGCUGAUGUUGUACUUGGGCAACAAAUGAAGGACACACAGCAUGCUGGACCAAUAAUAAAAAGUCAAAUACUGGAGCUUUUUUUACGUUUGUCCAAUUUAAAUCUAACCACUGCAGUUUUCUUGAGCUGUGACUCCUAUCAUUUAUCGUAUUAGUUGUUAAAAACAAUGACAACAGAAUGAACUGUAACCUACAUAAUCACAUUGUACCCUUGAAAAAUCACUCUUGUAUGUUAUCAUUUUCACUUUCUUUUCACAUACUGUAUAAUAUUUUCAAAACAACGGGUUUCACGAUGAAUGUUGAUGGUAAACCAGAAUGUAUUGAAAAUUGACUUUUUUCACAAGCGUAUGUUAUCUUAUUUUUCUGACUGUAUUCCAAACUACAUUUUUUUCAACCAAGUACCUAUUAUUUUUAAUUAGUUUUUCAUUCAGAAAAGGUUAAUCAGUCCACUGUUAUGUGUAUUUGUACUGUAUAUGAAAAUGAAACUAAUAUCUAAUUGCAUAAUAGAUGGAAGUUAUUUGUAGGAAUCACAAAUGUGAGGCAAAUACAUGUAGGAAGAUUAUGUUUUUGUAUUCACUGUAUUAAUUGUUUAGUUUUUUAAUGAAUGGGUAAUUUUGUAUUUUUAGAGAUAUGUAACAAAGGAAGGGAUUGAGAUUCAGAUCCAGUUUGCAUGGAAGAAAAUAGAACUGUUUUAUGUAUUUGUUUAUGUAUUUACUCAUCGUUAUUUUUCCUGACUAUUCUUACUGUAGUUUCAGUAAAACUGGAAAGGAUAAAUAUAAUCUAAUUUUGAUUUGAAAAAUGAUUUGUACUUUAAUAUUUUUAACAGAAGUAUACAUUUUUA